GGCAGAGGCGCUUGUCUUUUUUGCCGUAUACCUCCUUUGUAUUUGUUCCGCUGUUUUUUUUUCGCUACACAUAUUAGACUGACUUUGGCGGAUUUAGAGGGAAGCUAGUAGUACAAAAUGGCUGAGAUAGGUAAAGGGGUCACGGCUGGGAAACUGGCAAGUAAUGUUCAAAAGAAGAUAACUCGGGCACAAGAGAAGGUACUGCAAAAGUUGGGGAAGGCAGAUGAAACGCGGGACACGGCCUUUGAGGAGGGAGUGGCCAACUUCAACAAGCAGCUGGCUGAGGGCACCAAACUGCAGAAAGAUUUGAGGGCAUACCUGGCUGCAGUAAAAACCAUGCAUGAGUCCUCCAAGCGUCUGCAGGACUGUCUGGCAGAUAUGUAUGAACCGGACUGGUUUGGCAAGGAGGAGGUGGACUCCAUCGCAGAGGACACAGAUCUGCUAUGGAUGGACUUUCAUCAGAAGCUUGUUGACAAUGCUCUCAUCUCCAUGGAUACGUACUUGGCACAGUUUCCUGACAUUAAGGCUCGCAUCGCUAAGCGCGACAGAAAGCUGGUGGACUAUGACAGUGCCAGGCAUCAUUUUGCCUCUAUACAGAAAGGCAAGAAAAAGGACGAGGUUAAAAUCGCCAAGGCAGAGGAGGAACUGGGAAGAGCCCAGAAGGUAUUUGAGGAGAUCAAUGCGGAUCUUCAGGAAGAACUCCCGUCUCUCUGGAACAGUCGUGUUGGCUUUUACGUUAACACAUUCCAGAGUGUCACUGGAUUGGAGGAAAAGUUCCACAGAGAGAUGGGAAAGCUCAGUCAGAAUCUGUUCGACGUCAUGACCAAGCUGGAGGAGCAGCGUGAAAUUAAAACAGGCGUGAAGAAAACAACCAGUGGGAAGAGUGAAGCGGCUGCGAACCAUGACCUCAGUGCAGAGUCGGCAACAGGCAUCCCUAAGUCCCCAUCAAAGAAUGCUGUCUCCGCGGCGACCAACGGUUCAUCAGACGCCUCAGGACUUCCUGCAGGAGUUCUCUAUAAGGUUAAAGCCUUGCAUGACUAUGCUGCCACAGAUGGUGAUGAGCUGGACCUGAAAGCUGGUGAUGUCAUUUUAGUCGUACCCUUUGACAACCCAGACGAACAGGAUGACGGUUGGUUGUUGGGUGUCAAAGAGUCUGUGUGGCUGCAGAAAAAGGAUCUUUCGGUUAAAGGAGUUUUCCCCGAAAACUUCACCCAGAAGUUGUGAGCAGGAACAUUCACCAAGGCCUGCACCUUAAGUCAAAUCAUCUCUGCAACCUUUAUCUCUCUCACUCUCUUUUUCUCUCUC